AUGGGUGGAAAUGAAACUAGUGAGCUUCCGAUCAUCAACCUCUCAGACAAGAACCUGAAACCGGACACAGAGCUCUGGAUAUCGACGAGAGACAGCGUCCGUGAAGCCAUGGAGCACCAUGGAUGGUUUGUGGCAGAGUACAACAGAUUUCCAACAGAACUCCACCAGUCGAUUUUGGAUGCCGCCAAGGAACUUCUGGAUCUUCCUCCAGAAGUCAAGCUGAAGAACGAGAACCACAAGGCCGGUCACGGCUACAUCACCAUGAUCUCCGAUGGCAAUCCCGUUCACGAGGGUCUCGGUAUUGACCAAGUCAACGAUAUCCAACAGUGCCGCCGAUUCUCACGUCUCAUGUGGCCUAAUCAUCAUGACAAUGACCAUUUCUGUGAAACUGUUCACGCAUAUGGGAAAAUGCAAGCGGAACUAGAGCAACUGGUGAUAAGGAUGCUGUUCGAGAGCUAUAACCUAGAGAGGCAUGCAGAGAAACACAUAAGUGGAUCACGUUACCUUCUUCGUUUGCUGAAAUACAGAAGACUCCCUAACGGAGAGCCCAACAGAAAGUUCAUUUCUCAUACGGACAAGAGCUUCAUCUCCAUUCUUCAUCAAAACAACAUCAACGGACUCAUGUUGAAAUCCGAGAAAUACGAUGUUUGGUAUCCUUUUAAACCUUCGCCAACUCGGUUUGCUGUUAUAGCAGGCGACGCCAUCAUGGCGUGGAGCAACGACAGAAUCAAAGCGUGUUAUCACAAGGUGGAGAUGGAGAGCGUGGAAGUGAGGUAUUCAUUUGGUUUCUUCUCGUUCCAACAAGGAAUGAUAUCGACACCAGAGGAGAUGGUGGACAAGGACCAUCCUUUAGCAUACAAGCCCUUUCACCAUGACGGACUUCUUGAUUUCUAUGAAACAUUAGAGGUUCAUCUCAAGGCUCACCGUACCAUGACCAAAGUCUAUUGUGGCAUCCAACAAGCGUAUGAUCCUUAA